AUGGAUCACGGAGUGAUCCUGGGUGAGCCUGACGGUGAUCCGUACCUGGAUCACGGUGUGACCCGUCGUGAUCCCUCACGAUGGAUCACCGUACUCCAGGGUGAUCCAGCGUGUCCCGCGGUAGCGGCGGCUGAUUCUGUAACACGAUGUCCCCCUCCCAGGUCGACGUCCCGACGACCCAAGGCCGUUCUUAAGACCCAUCUGCCUGGAACUGGAACUUCUACUGUAGGUGUCAAACUCUCCCCUCGAUUCUUCUGGCGUCCUUCUGACAAUAUGUCCUCAGGCCGCGUCGAGAAGCGGAAGUCCAAGAAAACGAUUCAGCGCGCGUCUCUGGUCGCUUUGAUCGAAUCGUGCGGUAUGGAAGUGAAAGAGUGUUCUUUUUGUGCCCGUCACAAGUUGAAGUGUGUCAUGAUGGAAGGGAAUUCGCGAUGCAAUCAUUGUGUUCGUCGUGGUCGGUCCUGCGAUAACGCGCCUUUAGGUCCUUCCGCUUCCCGGCUUCUCUCGGAAAAACGGCGCCUCGAGGCCGCGGAGAAAACUACCGAAGCCGAGUUGUUGGAAGCGCAGCGCUUGCUUAACGAGAAGCUGGCCCGUUUGAUGCGACUUCGUAUGCAGAAAGAGUCCUUGAUCAGUCGUGGAAAAGAGAUGGUCCGUCGAGGUUUGGAAGACCUGGAUGCUUUAGAUGAAGUGGAACGUCGAGAGUCUGAUGCGGUGCUGGAGGUGCAGUCUAGCGGUGGUUUCGACGUGAUCGACUGGGGUACCGUUGGUUUGGGCGGCGGUCAGUUGCUGACUGGUCUUGACUUUGCUGGUGAAACUGUCGAAGCUUCCGCUGGCAAUGCGUCAAGUGUUCCUUAG